AGCAUGGAGGGCGAGCUUUUCGUGGACGGGCAGCUCCCGGAUUUCUCCGUCCUGCAGGAUCUGCUCAGCCCGCCCUGCCUGGAAUCCGAGGCAAGCAGCAGCAGCCCCGGCGGGCCCAAUCCGGCGGGCGCUGGGCCAGAAGCCGCCGCUCCCAGGGGAUUCAGGUGCGAGCCCCUCGGCGCCAUGGCCUGCUGCCUCCAGCUCUCGGACCCCAGCGCGCUCAGCUUCCUGCAGGAGACCGCCCAGCUUCUCUCCCCGCCGGAGCCCAUUGGCAGAAAGCCAGACAGACCGGCGGGCCGGGACGCGCGACCGAGGCGCAGCGCCAGGGCGUCUCCAGGCGCCGCUCUCGAGCCCUUGGAUGCCCUGAGCCUCAUCAGCCUGCACUGCGCCAGCCUCGGCGCGAAGCCCACGGAUCGGGGUGAGCGCGCAGAGGCCGGCGCGGCUGCCCGGGAGACAAUCCCCGGCGCCCUCGCCAAAGGGCUCCCCGCCCGGCGCCUGCGCGCACUCGGCGCGGAGGCGCAGCGCGGGACAGACGCCUUCCCUGCGAGCGAGUCGCCGCGGGCCGGGAGGCGAGUCUCCCGCAAGCAGCCCAGACCCCAGCGGAGCUGUGAGGCCAGGGACCCCGACUUCCAGGGGGUCACGUUUCGGAUGCAGCUGAGCUUCUGCCGAAAGAGCUCCGGGGGUUGUCGGCUCCUCAUUCGCCCGCGAUACAGCAGUGGAAAACUUGGGAAAAGAAGCCGAACCCCUUUAGCAAGAGAAGAAUGCAGAGCUGGCAGUUCCAAGGAGGAAGAAGGAUGUCCCUCUACCCACAGGGAUAAGUGCUGUGCUUCUUGCAAGACCAAGAAAACACCACUAUGGAGAGAUGCUGAAGAUGGGACUCCCCUCUGUAACGCUUGUGGCAUUAGGUACAAAAAGUACAGAAUCCGGUGUUUUCAGUGCUGGAAUAUUCCAAAGCAUGGUGGGAAUCCCUUUUCUCAUUGUUCCAGUUGUGGGCGCAGGCUGCAUUUAGUUGCUGCCCAGGAGAAGUCUAGGAAAAGAUGUGGAAGCUUUCUAAGGGUUUGCAGUUAGCUGGAUAUCAAAACAGCUCUUGGGAAAUCUGGCUGACUUGUCUGAAGGGUCUGGCUGAACAGCCUGGUAGAUUGGUCAUUAGGAGGUUCAGUGGAUGAAGGGCGCUUCUUUGUUUGUCUUUGUUUUUUGUUUGUUUGUUUGUUUGUUUGUUUGUAUGCUGCUUUUGUUUAUGAAGUCAGUGCUCUGCCCUAUGUUGGGUGUUUGUUUGCAGUGUGUGGGAGGAGGCAGGAAAGAAGGGGAUGUUUUUUGCAAGGAAAAAACGUGUUUGUUUCCAUUAACUUUCGUAAGCAAUUGGGGCUACAUGUUGGAACAGAAUGCAAUGUUCCCAUUGAGGAUGGACAUAUUGAAAUUGCUUUCAGGCAGUGACUCCCACCCAACCUUUUAGCACUUUGGGUUGCUGCCUUUUUGUCAAUA